AUGUCUACUGAUUCCACUGACCGGAUGAAAAGUUCCGAAAGAGAGACUGUCAAUCAAGAUCCCGGUCCUGUGAAAGGUCCGAACAGAACAGAGGAACUGCAGAAAACCUGGGAGGAAAAGAGGCCAAAUUUUUACUGCAGGAUAGUGGUCAACCACCCAAUGAAGUGUUUCGCUAUAACCCUUAUCUGCCACGUUGCUAUGGUGAUUUUAUCAGGAAUCCUUUUGGGAGCAGGAUUUGACCUCUUUCCUACGAACUUUAAGCAAAUUCCAAUGGAGUUGUACGAGGUUCCCUACAAACUGAGAGAGGACGCUUGGUUCGAUAGAAACGACUACAACAACAGGUUCACACGCACUCUACCUAACCGUGGUUAUAGCACUUACGAAAGGGAUCAACUCUCUGAAUACUCAUCAGUAUUGAUGUAUUACGAUACAGGUACGGGAAAUAUCUUCACCAAAGCCAAUCUGCAAAAAAUGAAAAAUAUAGAACAAGAAUUAGCUAGUACGCAGUCUUUUCCUUCAAUCUGUAUGGCAAUCAACUCGUCUUUGUCCUGUCAACCUUUCAGGUCUGUUCUAAGAUAUUUUGAUGGAACAUUCAUGCUAAUCAGUGCUACCCUUUAUGAUCCUGAGUUUAACAACAUACCUGCCGUGCUAUAUGAAGCAUAUACAAACAAUAACACAAAGGAAGAUUUCAAGUAUUUCCUGCCCAUAGGAUACAGCUUGUCUUCUACGCAUGCGCAUGGAUCUCUCACGCGCUCAAUUUUGCCGGUUGGAUGUUCUCUGAAUGGCACUACAGAGUGUUCGAAAACUUCUUGGGUAUCGGAAGUGUUAUAUCAUCUACAAAAUGGUAUUCAGGAGAAGCUUGAAAAUGACGUAACAGCAUCCACAGAUGACUUCAACUUUUAUUUCUUUUCUUAUAAUUUAUGGUUUUCCGACCUUAUCCGACAAGCUAUUUUAGAUAUGUUAUGUGCUUUUGGUAGUAUGUUUGUUAUAUUUUGUUUCAUGCUGUUUCACACUGAAUCUUUUUGGAUCGCUGGUUUUGCAAUUAUCAGCAUUCUUGCGAGCUUUCUAGGAACAAACAUUAUAUACACAGGCAUAUUAUCAUUUAAGUAUUUUGGUUUCUUUCAUAUUGCAUCAAUUUUCAUUAUUUUGGGUAUAGGUGCGGAUGACCUUUUUGUGUUUUAUGAUAACUGGAGACUUACGGCUUUUUCUAAAUAUCCAAGUCUCGCACAUCGUCUGUCAGAUGCUUACUCAAAAUCCGUCACAAGUAUGUUUAUAACGUCACUCACGACGUCAUUGGCAUUCUUCUCGUGUGCGAUUUCUCCACUUCUGGCCACCCGAUCGUUUGGUAUUUUCACUGGACUUCUUGUCAUUUACAAUUAUUUAUCAGUUAUCUUAUUCUUUCCUACCGUAAUAAUCGUUUAUCAUUUAAAAUACGAAAAGUGGACCUGUCCAUGUUGUCGGAAAUGCAAGAAAGAUGAACAUCCCUCGGAAGAGACAAAAACUGAAAGAUCUAAUCAAGUGUUUAGUAUUACUAAUGUGGAAGAUAUUGAUGUAAGCAACACUAGUGGAAGAAAUGACAACGUUAGCGUCAGGGAAAAUUCCAAAUCGCACACUAAGAGGCAUUCCCUCUUCAGUAAAAGGGAUUCCCUCUUAUACACCAAGGCAAAUGCAGUGGUUCCGCUAGGACUAGUCAUGGGAGCGCUAAAGACAUUUAACAGCAGAGAGAAACAGAGGAGAAUGACAGUCUUCUUCAAGUAUUACUAUCUUCGAUUCAUCACCCACAGAAUCACACGGUGUGUGGCUAUUCCUAUCUUUGCUAUCCUGGUGGCGUACUUAGCUUACUCCGCGUCUAAUCUCGAGCCAGACAACGAACAGAUUUUGAUCUACAAGAAAUCCCACUAUUACACACAAGCUAUAACUAAGGAAUGGUAUUCAUUUGAGGAAAGCGCGGAUACCAAUUUAGUGACGGUAGUCGUCGUUUGGGGACUCUCCCUUAAAGACCGGAGUAGUUGUCAUUUCUCCGCCGUUGAGUGUAGAGGCACCGAAGUGUACGAUUCGACCUUUGAUCCAAACCCUCCAGCCAAUCAACAGGCUUUAAAAGAAUUCUGUGACUCCUUCUAUAACAUGUCAUCCUCGGACAUCAGUCUGUACAGAAUUAAAACUGACGACUCUGGGAACCCUGAUAUCAGCUGCUUCACAAGAGAAUUUGACACAUAUUUCAAGUCUCUUUCUAUAGGCGGAUUAGACCUGUCUCUUCCCUGGGAUUCUAAUAAGACGUUAUCAUUUAUGAACAACCUCUCAACAUACUACAAUACCACUGGUUAUUCCACAUAUACUGACUUCUUAUCGAUUCCUAUGCAGUACUGGAUGUAUGCGGGCUAUUCUGGGAACUACACGGCAGACUAUGGUGUGUACAAUGAUCUGUUUGGAGAAGAAAAGACAACAUUCAGCAGACAACUUAAAACAGAUAGCUCGAUAUAUUACGGAAAUAAAAUAAAGUAUAUCGGCGUCAGCGUGAAGACGACUGUGAACAGAAGAACGACGGGGUAUUCUACAGGUAUACCUAUAGUGGAGCGAUGGGAGAGCCUCAUUCAAUCCAAGAUGAGUGCCAUGCCUGUUGGCGUCAACAAUGGAUUCCAGCAAACCAGAGGAACGUGGCAUUUGUUUUACGUCAUCCAGACCCUUGUACAGAACGCCUUACUUGGAAUCGUGAUCGGGGUGUGUAUCGCCUUCCCCAUUCUCUCUUUGUCCACCAUGAACGUCGUGAUCGGUUUCCUCGCCACCUUCUCUAUCUGUUGCACCACUGUCUGCGUCAUUGGGGUCAUUCCACUGGCCGGCUGGAAACUAGGGUUCAUGACGGCGUUGAACAUGUGUUUAGUAGUUGGUUUGGCUGUGGAUUAUGUAGUUCAUUUGGCGGAGGGAUACACAUUGUCUGUUCACAAAGACAGAUACAACCGGACACGUGACAUGUUGGAAAUGAUGGGUUCUUCGGUGUUCUUCGGGGCCUGUACAACUCUUGGAGCAUCUCUUUUUCUUUUCGCCACGGAAAUUCAAUUUUUCUUGCAGUUCGGAGUGUUUAUGUUCUGCACAAUCGGAUUCUCUCUAAUGUUUUCUUUAGGAUUAUUUACAUUACUAGUUGGACUAAUUGGCCCACAGAAUAACACAGGAAAUUUAAAAGUUUUAUUUCAGAAGUGUCGAUUAAGAUUCCAAAGAUAAUGCAGGGUUCGUCUUUCUGAGUUGGAUUCCGAAGAAAAUUUGGAUAAUA